AGGCAAUACCGAGGGCUAUGUAUCUGCCUGUCAUUUCGAUCGAUAAUAUAUAUGAAGGCGGAGUGGGACUCCUUAUUUGGGGGAAAGGGAAAGGGAAAGGAAAGGAAAGGGGAAGGGGUUCUGGGAGAAGCCAAGGAAAGAAAGCAGAGCACAGAGCACAGAGCACAGGAAUAGCUAUGGUGGACGGAUCCUGAUGGUCACAACAGAAGAUUUAAUGUAGCAGUACAGGUUUUUUCUUUCUGUUCUUUUCUUAUCAUUCAUUUGGUUUUCUUUAAUGGAUUGAUAGAUGGGAUGAGUUAGUAUAGAUUUCAUGGAGUGGUGGGGGGUCUUGCAGAGCCUGAAAGACGGCUAUUUGUUUCUCUGUACAAGAAAUUUACAUAGUACUCGUGUAGCCCUCGUGGGUGGAAACCAUACCUCAUCCAGGUUUUGUACCCGUUAAGUUAAUCCCGAUUUCCCCCUUUGGCUUUUACUCAAUUGAUUUUUUCAAGUUCCCUAUUCAAACUCUAGAAACAGAUCCAUUCUGUUAUAGCGUUGCUAUUUAGGUCAAGAUUAGUGGUACGGAAGGAUUGGGCAUGGAUGAGAAGCGGAUUAAUCACAGAGAGAAAAUGAGCGGAAGUAGAAUUCCCAAUGCCCAUGGGCGGAUAAUGCCCAAUUCAAGGUCAAUGACAGCCCCUAACUCUGUUAAAAGAUUCAUGAUAAUGCCAUCAUGGGGCUGCAUUGCUAUUCUGAGAGUUGUGGCCAGAUCUGUGCUGAUGCUCAUGGCAUUGGCUACAUUUCCUUUCUUUUGUGCAAAGCCCAACUCCAACAGUCUUGCAGAGUCUGAUCAUGGCUUUGGCAAUACUGUUCUGUCCAACCAGGUUCUUUUACAGAAUCAAUGGCCAAGUCAUACUUUAUCUAUGGUUUUUCAAGAUAUGAUCUCUGAAGGGCUGUUGAAAGCAGGGCAGAAGGUCCUCUGCAUUGGAGUUGGAACAGUGUCUGAGAAAAAAACUUUGGGAAUUGAUGGUUUUGAUUUGACUUUUGAAGAGGAUAUCCAGAAAGCCAGAUUUCCUUAUAACUCAUUUGAUUUUGAAUUGGGUGUUAAAUAUUCUGCAUUUCCUCCAGCUGAAGUGGAUAGAACUCUAAAGAUUGGGGGUGUUGCUGCUGUGCAUCUCUCACUUGAUGAACCAGAUCUGAAUCUGAAUACCCUACUUAAGCUACAUUUACCCAAUUUCAAAAUUGUCUAUCUGAGAAAAUUUGAUGCAUUUGGGCUUGACACAGUGAUUGCUUUCAGAAAGUUUCAGCAAGCAUCAAAUCCCAUUAAAAUGGUCUCACAGAAGACCUAUAACUGCCCUAUGAAUGAUCUGAAAAGGGCUGCCAUGAAAAAACUAGAGCACAUUCUACUGGAACAACCCAGAGCUUCAUGGAUUGAAUCUAAUGAAAAUCUCCCCAAUAUUCAGUAUCUCCCCAAUAUUAUAGGCUACCCCCAGAACCCCUCUGCCUAUGUGUUUGUUGAUGUGGGGGCAAACAGUUACAAAUCAACUAUUGGCUCAUGGUUUCAGUCUCACUACCCCAAGCACAACCAUAAGUUUGAUAUAUAUGCAAUUGAAGCAAAUGGGUCAUUUGAGUCUGAGUAUUUACUUCACCCAGAGGUAAAAUUUCUUCCUUUUGCUGCUUGGAUUAAUAAUGGAAGUAAUGGAGCACUGAUUGAGCCGAGAAGAGUUAGGGCUUUGGAUUUGGCAGAUUGGUUGAUGAAAACUGUGAAUCCAGAUGACUAUGUUGUUAUGAAAAUGGAUGUUGGUGGAGCUGAAUUUCAGGUCUUGCCUAAAAUGAUUAGGACUGGAGCUAUUUGCCUGAUUGAUGAGCUCUUCCUUGAAUGCCAUUACCAGACCCCCCACAAGAAGCAGAGAAGAUCAUACUGGGAGUGCCUGGCACUCUAUGGUUUGCUCAGAGAAAGGGGCGUUGCAGUGCAUCAAUGGUGGGGAUAAUCAUCAAAGCAUCUACUUCGUAUGAUUUGCUUUUUAGAUGGCUGAAUAGACGCCUCCACUUAACUAGUACUACUUAGAAGCUGCAAUAGCAGAACUUCAUAUAUUUUAUAAAUAAAUGCUUGUACCAUGGCAACAUAGCUUGCUCAGCAUGGGACCAUUGCUUUUUAUUAUGUACUUUCCUGGUUUGGUGACUAUAUUAUUAAAUAUUAUGAUUAUGGGUGUUUGUGUGUA